AUGGCUCCGGACUCGUUCUACGUCCACUCUGACUCUGUGGGGGCCCGGGCUCGCAGCCACCAGGUGCAAAAGCAGCACAGCGUCGUCGACAUUGAUGCCAACAACGCCGGCAACCCACUGGCCUGUGCCGAGUACGCGCGCGACAUCUUUGACCACCUCCACGAAAUUGAGUGCGACUGCCGCGCGGACCCGCGCUACAUGGAGCGCGUGCAGCAGGACAUGACGCCCCACAUGCGCGCCAUCCUGGUGGACUGGCUGGUCGAGGUGGCCAUGGAGUACCGCCUCUGCAGCGACACCCUGCACCUCACGGUCGCGCUGCUGGACCGCUUCCUGUCCGUCGCGCGCAUCGGGCGCGACCAGCUGCAGCUCGCCGGCAUCGCGUGCAUGUGGGCCGCGGCCAAGUACGAGGAGAUCUACGCCCCCAGCGCCCGCGAGUUCUGCUUCAUCACGGACAACACCUACACGCCGAAGCAGCUGGUCGACAUGGAGGCGCACGUGCUCAGCGCCCUCUCCUUCCGCCUGACGCUGCCGACGUCCAAGGCCUUCCUGCGCCGCUACCUCCAGGCCUCCGCCGCCAACGAGCGCCUGCACUUCCUCGCCUCGUUCCUCUGCGAGCUCUCCAUGAUGGACGAGGCGGGCCUCGCACACGCGCCGAGCGCAGUCGCCGCGGCCUCGGUGUUCCUCGCGCGCGCGAUGCUGCAGCAGGCGCCCUGGGACGCGACGCUCGCGCACUACUCGCGCCGCCGCGCGGCCGACGUCGCGGGCGCCGUGCAGUUUGUGGCGGAGACGCACCGGCGUGUGGUGGAGGAGGGCACGUUUGCAGCAAUCGUGGACAAGUACAGCAGCAGCAACCUCCUGAGCGUCGGCAAGGCGCUGCCGCUGGGCGCGCAGCACCUGGCGGCGCUGCUGAGCACCUGCUGCGGCGCGGCGCCCGGGCCGUGCGUGACGUUGUGCUGA